UCUCGUAACGCUAAUAUCUCUUUCCACUGGGAAAUAAAUACAACAAUGUAUCAAUCAGCUCUUUAUCGCCAGAGAACCGACAGAAAGUAGCCACGGAAGGACAUUGUUGCGUGUUGUCAGGUUUAUUAUAAAAGACAGAUCGGAGCUAUAGAAAAUCACGUGUUCGCGCAUGACACCCACGGCUAGUGGAGAAAGUUACUGCUGGAGGCAGGGUAGAAGGAGAGAGAGGAAUUUACCAUAUGGACCCAAUAGUGUAUCGGCAGGCAUCUGUCAGUGAGUUACGAGGAAUUGACUGAGUACGCGCAAUUCGUACUCCAACAACUUCUUUGCAUACGGUGCUCAGAGAAUAUUGCAAAAGGAGGCACAAGACACUGCCUGUCGGAUAGACCAACCUGCAUUGGGAAAACAGCUUCUAAUUCACUGAAAUAUAAAGUCAGAGCAGAGGGACCAUAUGAGUUUGACACAGGCGUGCUAUUAAAGCUUAAAGUUAUGUGUAUAUAUUUAUUAUUAGCGAGACUUAUUUAUCAGUGCAAGGGUAGGGUUUUUUUGUGUUUGUUUUUUUUUCCAGCAAAUUGUGCUUAGUGUAUUUGCCUUUUUUAUUUGAAAAAAAACUUGGUCUGAAAACAUAACUGGAUGCUUCUGCGGUUUUGGCAAAGGUGAAUGAGUCGACUAUCAGCACUAGGGUGGUUUGUACAACCGGUGAGCCUGCCUGCGGUGGGACACGGAUUCACACGCCGAGCUACCCUUGAAAUAAUCAAAGAGAGCUCAGCCAAACUGACCAGUCACCUGCAAGCCCACACGUGACCUGCUGCCAGGAUUUCCACUAAGUCUUCGUGAAAUGAGGACCGCAUCAGAAAGCCGGGCUUUCUAAAAACAGACAUUAUCAUUUGACGGAUUUUGUUUCCCUGUCCCAAACAAAGAGAAACCUCGCGUUUUGCACCAGUGACAAUGGAUAUGCACAAAAACUGCAAUUCAUCUAAAAUGACAGUUUUGACAAAGAUCAUCAAAGUUCGAAAGAGGAGAGAGAUGCUUUUUCCCCAGGUCUGCAUUAUCUGCAGUAUACUGUUUGUCGCGUGGUGCAUGUCAACGUUACUGUCAAAGAUGGGUCUUAAUACAUCUGCAGUAGAAAGACAGAUGGCUUCUGAACGAUUGGGGAACAGGAAGUUGAUGGCGAUGGACAUGGAAAAUGAAACACUCCUCCCCAAGAACUGCACAGAACCAGCUAUCCGUGAAUUUCCAGAAGAUAUAUUCACAAACCAGCAGAGACAACGCGGGGGUGUGCUGCUUCAUAUAUUUGCGGCCCUCUACAUGUUCUUUGCCUUGGCUAUUAUUUGUGACGACUUCUUUGUUCCAUCGUUGGAACAAAUCUGUGAGAAACUCCACCUGAGUGAAGAUGUAGCCGGAGCCACUUUCAUGGCUGCUGGGAGUUCAGCACCAGAGCUCUUCGCUUCAAUCAUAGGUGUCUUCAUCACCCAUGGGGAUGUGGGCGUAGGAACCAUUGUUGGCUCAGCAGUAUUCAACAUUUUGUGCAUAAUUGGCGUCUGUGGAAUUUUUGCAGGGCAGGUCGUUGUGCUCACAUGGUGGUCCUUGUUUCGAGAUUCACUUUACUACAUUUUGUCAGUGCUGGCACUAAUUGCGUGUAUUUAUGAUGAACAAAUCGACUGGUGGGAAGCCCUGAUUCUCAUCCUCAUGUAUGCUGGCUACAUACUAAUCAUGAAAUUUAAUACAAGUUUGCAGAUUUUUUUCACUGCCAAGGUGGGGAAGAACAUAGCCAACGGUGGCGCAGUGAGCAACGAAACGGAGGAUGGUAAUGCUUGUUAUGACAUUAGGUGGGAUGACCCAUCACUGCCAUUGCUGAGGAAAGUGAAAAUGAGGAAUACAUACAGCAAGAACUCCGUUGUGAUGGUGGACGAGAUCAUCUGCUCCAGCCCUCCCAAGUUAAGGUUCCCCGAAGCAGGCCUGCGAAUCAUGAUCACCAACCACUUUGGACCCAAGACAAGAUUGCGCAUGGCGAGCAGGUUAAUCAUUAAUGAGCGUCAGCGGCUGGUCCAGGCUGCCAAUGAGAUGGAUAAUGGAGAUUUGGAAGAGAAGCACGACAACAUAGAAAAUGGAAAUGUUCCUGAGGAUAAACAAGGCGAAGAUGAUGAGCCUGACCUGAGCUCUCCAUUUUCUAUACCAGCUGGUUGUAUGAAUAAAGGGAAGUGGCUCUUCUCCUGGCCAGUGCUUCUCCUUCUGUAUUUCACUGUCCCCAAUUGCGCAAAUCCCAGAUGGGAGAAAUACUUCAUGCUUAGUUUCAUUCUGUCCACAGUGUGGAUCGCUGUCUUCUCCUACUUUAUGGUCUGGAUGGUGACUGUGGUUGGUUACACCCUUGGAAUCCCAGAUGUUAUCAUGGGCAUCACGUUUCUGGCAGCGGGAACCAGUGUGCCAGACUGCAUGGCUAGUUUGAUUGUUGCCCGACAAGGUCUUGGGGAUAUGGCAGUCUCUAACACAAUAGGAAGCAACGUAUUUGAUAUUUUGAUUGGCCUUGGUCUGCCAUGGGGUUUGCAGACAAUGGUUGUGCACUAUGGAUCAAUUGUUAAAAUCAACAGCAGAGGUCUGGUGUAUUCAGUGAUACUAUUAUUGGGAUCUGUUGGCCUUACGGUAAUGGCUGUGCAUAUUAACAAGUGGAAGCUGGACAAAAAGCUGGGGGUGUAUGUGCUGGUUCUAUACGUCGUAUUCCUGUGCUUCUCAGUCAUGAUAGAGUUCAAUGUGUUCACCUUCGUCAACCUGCCAAUGUGCCGAGAGGACAUUUAAGCAACCAAUCCCAUGGGGAGGAGAGGGGGGGCGGGGGGGCUGAACUGUAUGAAGAGGCUUUUUGUGGCCCUGUAUUGUUUCACUUUUUCUACAUUCCCUCUAUCGCAGCACAGCUUGUUGCGUUGCUCAUAAGCUGCCAGUGUGAAACCAUGUGUAAACAGGAUCAGCAUGUUGUUUUUACUUUUCCUCUGUCAAGUGGCAGAUUGAGUUGGAUUUGAAGUGUGUUCUGCCUUCCUCUUAUGAAGAACAGUCUGAUGUGUUUGUUUUUCAUUGGGCUUGGCAGGCAUCUAUGGAAGAGCAGAAGUUAGCAUUUCAUUUUUCAGCACCUCUCUCUCCUCCUCUACUUUCUUCUUUCACUCCCUCCCUUUUUACAUGUGCCCGGGCAGCCGUGAAACCACUGUGUUCAACUCCAGAAAUUUUUCUUUUCUUUUUUUGUACACCAAUGUUUUCUCAUUUUGGUGCCCAUUAAGAGACUGUUUAAUUUUUCUUCGUGACCUUCAUUCUGGAUUUGUGAAUACAGUAUCUAGGAACGUAUGUUGAUAGAUUUAAAAAAAAAAAAAAAACUUUGUACAAAUCAUACUCCUGCAUAAUAUCCUACUGUUGGGAGAGGUGCAUUUUUCAGAAGCAGCUUGUUGAAAACUGUGAUUUUUUUCUUUUGGUUUGGGACACAUUCCAGUUCUUCCUUGAGUGGUGCAAUUUAAGUUGUGUGGUUUGUCACAAUCUCACUUACCAAACUUGAAAGUGCUCACCUGGACGUUACAGGUAAAGCAAGAAUAAAAAAAUCCUUGGUUGUCAUUUA